UUUCUUUAACUAAAUAUUUUUAAAACUAGGUUAGGUUAGGUUAUGAUCGUCUUCAUUUUAAAUUUGAAUAUUUCUGUACAUCUUGAUUAGUGCUUCCCUGCAUUAUUUAUUUCAAUAGAUUGCGUUUAUAUCCUUGUCAUUCUUUCACAUUCAAACUCAGGCGCGCAGCUCGACCACUAACCAUACAGUAUACCAUCCAGUCGAUAGUAUCGAAUGCCUGUGCUUUUCUCUCUAUAUGUGGGAUUUGCUCUCUUUUUAUUGCUGGGAUAUAAACGUACUAUCUAUGGAGGAGCGAGCGCACCAAAUAAAGUAAGAACAAUGUGGAGAAAUAACGUAAAUAGUCGUCCAUUCUAAGAAAUUUUAAAUUAACCUAUCGGUCUAAAAUCAGCUGAGAAAUUUGUAGGUUAUCGAACAAAUGCAAAAUGUAGCAGGUCACACUGGUUGUGAAACGACCACACUGCAUCACGAUUAUCUAAACAUUUAUUUCGAAGUAAAAUUAUUAAAAUGAACAGCGCCAGGGCUAUGAGCAAAGUAUGGGCACAGCAGUCGGCCUUCAAUCGAAUCGUCACAUUUUCCACGAAAGCCACGCAACAUGCCGCCGCCGCUGUCUCAUCGGCAGGCGCCGAACCGCCAGGAGAAGAGAAAACUAGCGCGACUCCCGCUGCAGCUCAGCCACCUACACCCACACCCACGCCAGUGCGAAAACCCAUUGUACCCUCGAACUAUCGGUUCAUUUAUCCCGAAUUCCUGCCCGACCCCAAAGUAGAGUGGCGCAAUCCGAUCCGUGAGAAGCUGGAACGUUUAGAUAUGCUGGACCGGCGGCGUCAAAUUGAUCUGCCCGAGUUUUAUGUGGGCUCUAUAAUGGCGGUAACCAGCUCCGAUCCCCAUGCUGCGGGCAAGACAAGUCGCUUUGUCGGGAUUUGCAUAAAUCGUGACCGUUGUGGUCUCCGCGCUCGCUUCGUACUACGGAACGUGAUUGAUCACCAGGGCAUGGAGGUGGUCUACGAACUAUACGAUCCCACCAUUCAAAAGGUCGAAGUGCUACGUCUCGAGAAGCGGCUGGAUGACAACCUGUUUUACCUCCGUGACGCUCUGCCGGAGUUCAGCACGUUUGAUGAGAAGAUGGAAACCGAACAUCUAGAAGAGGGCGCUCCAGUGCCGGUAAAUGAUAUCAAAGUUGUACUCCGUCCGCGGCCCUGGUUGGAGCGUUGGGAGCCAAAUCUACGCGGUGUGGCGAAUAUUGAUCAGUAUAUUAAGGACAAGCACCGCAAAUCGGCGGAGAAGGUGCAAAAGCCUUGGGAGAAGUACGAUCUGAUGAAGCAAUAUCGCUCCACCAUACCCGAGGAAGAGCAGAAGGAGGUCUUCGGCGAGGUCCACACGGAACUGCACAGCCUGGAGCUGCAGCGCAAACGCAAUAAGCGGAAGCGCACCUUUGCGAAGCCCAAACAGCUUGCUUAAAGAAUGCAUUUGUCAUCCAUUCGUAGUCUAAGGAGACAUCAACAAGAGCACAUUCCACUGGCAGCCUUUGAGGGCCCGCGAUCAUUCUCGAACAUGAAUGAGCUGAGGGAGCCGCGUGUCAAGCACAGCGACAAUGGCCUGUUUAAGUGCCAAGAAUGCAAUGCAGUAUUCAUCGACAUCCUUUUUCUGCAGAUCCACAGUAAAGAAGAGCACACUAAUGAGCAUAGGCAUCGUAGUCUGUUGAGACAUACCAAGAACGACAUUGCAAUGACAGCCUUACAGUGCACGCGUUGCCCGCGCUCAUUCCCGAACAUCCGUGAGGUGAUGAAGCACCGUGUCGAGCACAGCGGCGUUGGCCUGUUUAAGUGCCAAGAAUGCAAUGCAGUAUUCAUCAACAUCCUUUAUCUGCAGAUCCA